GCAGAUCUAUUCCAGGCAUUUAAGUCACAUGGGUUUGGGAACCUUUUAGUAAACCGUGUCUAGCAUGCAAGCCAAGAGCUUCUUCCCAAAAUAAAACUGCUCCUGAAGAGAGCAACACUGAGGGGAGAAAGAAACUCCUAAAUUCUAGCUAAGAAAAUCAACCCUGUUUGCCAGCCAAGAUGUCGGACAGAAGCCCCUUCGAAACAGACAUGCUGACCCUUAACCGGUUUGUCAUGGAGAGAGGACGCCGGGUGAAAGGGGCAACAGGAGAACUGACCCAGCUCCUGAACUCUAUGCUCACUGCUAUCAAGGCCAUCUCGACAGCAGUCCGAAAAGCAGGCCUUGCUCAUAUGUAUGGAAUAGCAGGCACUGUGAAUGUGACUGGGGAUGAACAGAAGAAGCUAGAUGUGUUAUCAAAUUCUCUGGUUAUCAACAUGUUACAAUCCUCCUACAGCACAUGUGUCCUUGUCUCAGAAGAGAAUAAAGAUGCUAUUAUCACCCCAAAGGAGAGAAGGGGUAAAUAUGUGGUAUGCUUUGAUCCUCUAGAUGGUUCUUCCAAUAUAGACUGCUUAGCUUCCAUAGGAACCAUAUUUGCUAUCUACAAGAAGACAUCAGAAGAUGAGCCUUCUGAAAAGGAUGCCUUACAGCCUGGACGCAACAUAGUUGCAGCCGGUUAUGCUUUGUAUGGUAGCGCUACACUGGUGGCACUUUCCACAGGGCAAGGCGUGGACCUCUUCAUGCUAGAUCCGGCUCUUGGUGAAUUCAUUUUGGUAGAUAAAGAUGUAAAGAUGAAGAAGAAGGGGAAAAUCUACAGCAUUAAUGAGGGUUAUGCCAAGUACUUUGAUCCUGCUCUGACAGAGUAUUUACAGAAGAAGAAAUUUCCUGAGGAAGGCACUUCUCCUUAUGGGGCUCGAUACGUAGGCUCCAUGGUGGCUGAUGUUCACCGCACCUUGGUGUAUGGUGGGAUCUUUUUGUAUCCAGCUAAUCAGAAGAGUCCAAAAGGAAAGCUCCGACUUCUCUAUGAAUGCAACCCCAUCGCUUUCAUCAUGGAGCAGGCAGGAGGGAUCGCAACCACUGGGACAGAGGCAGUGCUGGAUGUGAAGCCAGAGUCGAUUCAUCAAAGAGUACCUUUUGUGGUGGGUUCUGCAGAGGAUGUGCAAGAAUACCUCUCCUUUGUACAGAAACACCAAAAAAGCAGCUAAUGUGCCUCCUGGGUUUUUUUGCAUUCACCUGCAUUUUCCUUGCACUGAGAGUAAGCAGUGGUACUGAAAAGUCAGAACAAUAUCCUGUUGACUGCAGUAGAAAAAGGGAUUUUUAUUAAUUUUUUUCAAUCAAAUGGGUUUUCUUUUCUGUUAAUGCAUGAUACAGCCUCUGUUUCUGUAAUAUGGGAAAUAAAAAUAAAACCUGUUUGGUAGCAA